AUGUGGGAGACGGACUCGCGCGAACAGACGCGGCAGCAGGCGACGUACAACAAGCUGGAGGAGGCGGUGCUGAAGCUGGAGGAGACGAACGCGCGCAUCGCGGGCUACGAGCGGCUGCUGCACGAGCUGCGCACGCUGCCCGAGGACGAGGCGGUGCGGCUGUUCUGGCGCAUCCGCAGCACCGCUCCUGGUGGUGGGACUGGCAGCAGCAGCACAGACCCCGCCGAUAGCGAGAGCUUCGACUGGUUGGUCGGCGGUGCCGGUGGGAUGUCCAUCGACGAGGACGAGUACGGCGGGCCUGGCGGUGGCAUGACGCACCAGCAGCAGUUGGCGGGCGAGCUGCCGCCGCCGCCGCCGUUCGGCUCGGCAAUGGAUAUGGACGUUGGGAUGGGCGAGCAAGGGCAGCAGCAGCAUCAUCACCACCAUCAACAUCAACAAUACGGGGAAGGCGCAUACGAAGAGGGGCAAAUGUACGGAGAGCGGCACAGGCACCACUAA